ACAGAUCUGAUCGAGUUGAAAAUUUGCGGGUAGAUAUAAAAUAACAGUUUCAAGAUUUGUGAGAAAUUUGGUGUUGAUCGCGUAGUCAGAACCAUGAAAAAUUCAAGCGGAAUAUCAAAAAGCCAAUCUGAUUCUUCAUUGGUAACAGAUCCUGCUUGGUGAAAUUGAUGAAUAACAGCAUGGGAUGGUGCUAUAUAUGCCAAUAUUCCUUGAUUUCAGGAAUUAUUGCUUUGAUAGAGUACGAAAUGAUUGUGUCAUCAAAUGUCACCUAUUUUUUCCAACUAUCCAUUUGGCUUGUGGGUGAGUUCAUGGUAUGUUUUUCAGGUCAAAGUCUGGAAAAUGAGAGAGAGGCAAUGGCAAUAAAUUUAUACAUGACACCUUGGCACAGAUUACCUAUACAAUUAAGAAGUACAUUUUGUAUUUUUCUCGCGAAAAUGCAGAUGCCCUUACAUUUAGAAGCCAAACCAGUACUUCAUUUGAACUACGAUUUUCUGAUGAAGGUUCUGAAAGCAUCCUAUACAUUACUCAUGUUUCUGCAAAACAAAUCUCAGUGAACAAGUCUUUAUUUCAGCACUCAAGUAUUAAUUGGAAUUAGAAUCACCUGAAUGUUAUAAAUUUGAAAUAAAAGAACAUUAUUAAGUUUUUAGUGUAGGAACAAUAUUAUAUAAAAUAUUCUUGCAAGUAAUUUUCGUAUUUUUCUUGACAUAUUCGUCGUUUUUCUUAUUUAUUUUGUGGAAA